AUGCCGCAGUUUUCGCUGGGCAGACAUACGAACCGCUCGUCCAACGCCCUCGCUGAGCCGGCCACGCCUGGAGCUGGGGGACCUGGUCAACAACCGCAUCAACAGCCGAAUCCCAAGCGCGGCCACGUCUACGGCCAGAGCCGCACGCAGAGCCAAGCCGAUCCGAACGCGCCACCCUCAGCUGGUCCGUCCGACGACCACUAUCCCUCUAGAGAAUCAUCGCUGCCGCAUCCUCCGCGACAACAGAUUGCGCAAAGCGUCGGAACUGGCGGUGCCCCAUUGCCAUCGCUCCAUGACAUACAGCAGCAAGGGCCCUACGAAUCAUCCGACCCAGCCGCCCACGAAGUGUCUGGAUUUGAUGCGCGACAGGCACCCGACUCGACGGUGAAUCGCUCGCGGAGCCAGCGUUUCAGUAACCACGUUGAUCCACGACAGCGGUCGCAGUACCAGUCAACACAGCAAUUCACACAUCCGCACGGUUAUAGUUCCACCUCGUUGGAAGACCUAUCAAGCUCAGCAGCGUACUCGCCAACCCAACACUCGCAGGCUCCGAUACAAGCGCAGGUGCCAGGGCAAGAGAAGAAGUCGAAACGAAAGUUCAUUAAGGGUAUACUCUUCAGCUCCAGCAAAUCGCAGAACGAUCAGAAUCAACAGCAGGCGGCGCAGCAACAAGCUCAACAAACGCAGCAACUAUACGACCAGGGCCAGUCUUUCACUGGAGGAAGCUCUUACGACAAUAUCACCGGUCUUGCUCGACGGCCCUCUAAGAGGGAAAACAACCCUCCUGCCAUCAAUACUCGCCUGUCCAAGCCUCUCCCACCCGGUCACCACUACCAGGAAGGCGAGUGGAAUCAAGGGCAGGGAUCAUAUAGCCUAGAGGCAUCGCCACUUCACGACGUAGGAGAGAACGAGCAAGUCCACUACAUCAGUGGUGAGGUGGAUCGUGACUAUCGUUUACGAGAGGGUCAAGACCAAAGUCAAGGUCAAGGGCAAGGUCAGCCGGAACUGGAUCCAACAACAAUCCGCCCAGUCGCACAAGACUCUGACUCGUCCCCCUACGACGACGAGUUUCACAACCAACAUCAUCUUCCGCCACAAAGCCAUAAUCAGCAGCUUCUGCAUCAGCAGCAGCAGCAGCAAGUGGGAUUGCCCCACCCUCAGCAGCUGCAGCCCCACUCACAACAGCUCAGCUCACAGCAGCCUCUAGUUCAACAGGGGUCCCGGGAUCAGCAGCAGCUUCAGCACCAGCGUUCUCAACCUCACGACGAGUUGCAGCAGCAACAAAAUCCUCAAUUUCCCCCACCACCAUCCCAUCAACCUCAGCAGCCUCUCCUAGCUGAGCAACAACAACAGUUCGGCUCGGCUCCUUCGUCCUAUCAGCAGCAAGUCGGUGAGCCUCGCCUUGUGAGCAGCCACCUUGGGGCGCCUCCCCCGCAGCACCAAAAACACCACCAGCAACAACAGCAGCACCCUGCCAGUUCUGAGACGAUCUCUCAGGCCUCGUACGAAUCACCCGUCACGGACCCAGAUCAGCCUUCUGGCAGUCAGCAAUCAGUCCAGCCCUCGCCUGGACCAAACCACACCGACGGUCUUGUGUCGUCGCCCAAUCUGCCGACUGCCCCACUAGUACUCAGCCCACAGCCUCAGCACGCCGUGAUGGCCCCGCCACCCGCAGGAGCACCACCAGCGAACCGCGGCGACAAAGCGGCGCGAUCCCAGGGCGAAGUGACAGCAGCUGGACUUCCUCCAAGCUACCGUCAGAGCAACUCGUCCGUGGGCGCCUUGAAUAUCCCCGCGAAUCAAUCAGGUUCCCAGCCGGCAUCUGCGGGCGGGCCGUUUCGCGCAGACGUGACACCUCGCUUCGAAUCUCCUGGUCUUGACCAGGGCCGUCACAGCCCGCAACCUGAGCGUGGCGUCGACGAUGACAAGUCUUUCAAGGAUCUGCUCACAAAGUACAAAAACGUCAAGCGCUUGUACUUUGAGGGUAAGAACCGUCUGGAGGAGCUCACUGGGCAAGUCGAGGUGCUCCAGAAUGCGGUGGCCAACCAGCGUAUUACCCAGUCCCGUACUGCUCUGGAUGAUAGUGAGUACCUGACGCGAUUCAACCGCUUGAAUGGCGCCAUCAACAACCUUUCGUUCAAUAUCCGCAAGGACUGGAAGAGUCUGCCAUCGUGGAUCGCACUGUUUGCUAGUCCAGAGGCAUUGUCCACUGGCACGAAAGAGAUGACAGCGCUUGGGCGGGGCGUCAUCUCGCGUUGGCUUGCGGAUGAGCUGUUUGGAAAGUGCUUCCAUCCCGGCCUGGAUCCAAUGCUGAGCGCCCAACUCAAACAGAUUGAGCAAUCCAUUCGUGGGAAUGCUUACACCAUGCACAGUCAAGAAGAGUUUGCGGCUCUAACAAACAAAGUUGUGCAGUGGCGAAUGACCACACUUGACGGUCUGCAGAAGGUCCUUGGAUCUUCAGCAGCUGACGAGAACCGGCAAGCCCUAAUAGCCAAGGCCUCAGCUGGGUUGACUGCCUACCUUUGCCAGCACCUCAACCAGCCUGCUCCGCCUGGCGUCGAUGGGAGCACCUCGAUGAUUGUCGAACUGGCCGUCGGCAUUGCUGCAAACACCCCGCUGGAAAGCCGUGAUGUUGCCAUCACGUAUCCGUUGCCCAGGGACAUUGUUCGCCCCGAGAUCAUGGAGAUAGGGGAGCUCGAAUUGCCGGCCUUGGAGAAGGAUGGCGACAGCGAGUCGAGCAUGGAGGACGGCAAGGACAAAGCUCAAUCUAGAGACACGACUCGGGUACGGUUCGCGGGCUUCAUGGCGUGGGAGGUGAGAGGACGGCAAGUGCUAUUCAAGGCACCCGUGUGGACGCUGUGA